GAGAUUUUGGGAGGUACUUACUCUCUCUCAGACUCUCCUGUAAAACACUUGGUGUGGAAGUACCCUCUGUCUUUCAGAGAUGAGUUUUUCUACAGCAGAUUUUUCCUUGCUGAGUAGCUGCUCUGGUUUCUUGUGGUGGAUAGACCAAUGUUAAGUGUCAAGUUUGGAUGCAGAGUUUGUGCUUUCAGAUAGUAGCUGCUCAGUCUGGGAACAGAUAUGCCCAAGGAAGAAUCCCUUAUCAGAUCUGGGCAAGCCACUCAAGCCUGGUCCAUUUCCGGCAUCAUGUUGCAUCCUCAACAUAACUUUAUUGGAGUCAGUUGAAUUUCUUGGGCCUCCUGUUGCCUUGUGCAGUUACUCACACCAGUGUAAAACAGUGAAGAUUGCUGCCUUUCCAUUCUGCAGUAUUGCAUAUCCACUGGGCCAUAGCAACCAACUACUCAAGGUAUAGUAAAGAUGAGGGAUUGCUACUAUAACGAGACCGUAGGUUUUUUCUACAACAAUAGUCGAAAGGAGCUGACAACCUACUGGAGGACAAAAGACGUCUUGGUUGUUGCCCUGGGCCUUACAGUCAGUGUCAUUGUGCUCCUGACCAACUUGUUGGUCAUCACUGCUAUAAUCAUUAACCGGCGCUUCCACUAUCCCAUCUACUACCUGCUGGGGAACCUGGCAGCAGCAGACCUCUUUGCUGGCAUUGCUUACAUGUUCCUCAUGUUCCACACGGGGCCCCGGACAGCAGGGCUCUCCCUAAAGACGUGGUUCAUCCGGCAGAGCCUCCUGGACACCAGCCUGACUGCUUCUGUGGUGAAUCUGUUGGCCAUUGCAGUGGAACGGCAUCAGACUGUCUUUACCAUGCAGUUACACAGCAAAAUGUCCAACCAGCGAGUGGUGUUUCUGAUUUUCUGUAUCUGGAUCACAGCCCUACUGUUGGGCCUUAUUCCUUCCUAUGGCUGGCACUGUCUGUGUGCCCUUGACAAGUGCUCCAGGAUGGCACCUCUCUACAGCAGGAGUUAUCUGACCUUCUGGGCCAUUUCCAACCUGGUCAUCUUCCUUAUCAUGGUGGUUGUCUACACUCACAUCUUCAUCUAUGUCAAGAGGAAGAUGACACGGAUGUCCAAGCAUACCAGCUUCCACCCCCGCUAUAAAGAGACCAUGAUCAAUCUCAUCAAGACUGUCAUCAUCAUCCUCAGUGCCUUUGUUAUCUGCUGGACUCCAGGACAGGUGGUGCUUCUUUUGGAUGGGUUGGGCUGCAAGAGUUGCAAUGUGCUGGCAGUGGAGAAAUAUGUCCUCUUGCUGGCGGAGAUCAAUUCAGUGAUCAAUGCUAUUGUCUACUCCUACCGGGACAAUGAGAUGCGCAGCACCUUCCGAAAGAUUCUCUGCUUCAUCUGCUAUAGGAAUUCCAAAUACUCACCUGCACCCAUGAAGCUAAAUGCUGCAGACCGCAGGAUAUUCACUCAGAAUGGUCACUCUACUGUGGACUCCUCGAUCUAGUUCCAAUGUAUAUCUGAAUAUAUAUACUUAUAUAUAUCUGAAGACUGUGGAUAGCAAAGACUUUGGGUGGCUCAUUUGUAAAGCAGAACAACAGUAUUUUUUUUUUUAACUUCUCCAGCAAAAAUGUUUGGAUUAAAUAUUUUUGUCAGCUCUGUGAGGCAAAAAUGCUUUAAAGACAUACCCACUGGUAUAUUUCUUGGGACACACAUAUUUUGCAAUAUAUUCCUAUUAAAGACUGCUAUUUUAAUAGCAUAGUUGAUUUAAUCUAGCAGCAUCCAGCAGGCAUGCUACAUGUUAACCAAGACCUUUGCAUAACUCUUUCUACAAGAGAGACUUGUUUUUUUAAUUCUUCAGUAUUAAUGUCUACACAAAUUACCUUUCCAGUACUAGGAUACUGCAGGGCCAAACCCAACUUUAUUCAGUCCUUCAUUAAGCGUAGCAUCUUCUGAUUUCAGUGAGAUGAUUUUCCUGAGUGCGUCCUGUGCUAGGUUUUGAUCCAGAGUUUUCUAAAAUCAUGUUCUGUUCAAAGACCCUCUAGAGAGGCUUCAGUUUACAUGAACUUAAUUUUUAAAAAGCAUGUUCCUACUUUGGUAUGGUGUCUGUUACUGAAUUUCAAAGUAUUCAUUACUUUCAUAGGAUGGUCCAGGAACACAUAACACUUUCCUGAGACAGAGAGCUAUGCUACAACUAAAAAAUCCAGUUGUGUUAUUCUUCUGUUAAGUGAUGCUACAUGGGAGGUUUGACUGCAAAUUUGUUGCCUGUUUGUAAAGAAGGGAUGAGUCAUGGUCCUUGAAACAAUAAUUUUCCACUCAUUAAAGGUCCUCUGGGACAGGUUUUAUGUUAGAUUCCAAAGUAAUCAGCACUUUGCCGUAGGUUUAAUAUACGGUCUGUAGCUUAAACUCUUCAAACAGCUUGUUAGCAGCUGAAACUUGGUUCACCAAACCCCAUCCUUUUCACACAGCAGCCUGACAAAUGAAAAGGAUUUUUCAGCACUACUUCACUUAGAGUCACAUUCUCUGUUGGAGUAAAUCUUUACUUCAUUGUGUGUUCUCCAUCAGAGAUUCUGGCCCUUGAAAUGUAUAUGAACAUUACAUAUAAUGUCACUGGGAUCAUGAAAGAUAAUAUUUAUGAUGCUGGCCAUGUGAGUGACUACAAACUACUUCAAGAUGCUGUCAUGUCAUUCAGAAAGCUUUAGGUGGGAUUUGCAAAACUACUUCAUAUUGGCCUAACUCUGCCCCCAUGGAAGUUGGUGGGUAUUUUACCCAUGGGUCCAUAGAAACAGAACAAUAUUGAGCACUUUUGAAAGCCUAGGCCAUAAUUUCUAACAAAUAAUAUUUAAUUUUCAAACAUGCAGGAACCUGAAGCUGUAGGGUUUGAGGUCCAUCCUGGCUGUCUUAAACUCUGACCUUCACAGACCCAAAGUUAAUUAAGGGAUUGCUGAGCCAGUGUGGAGUUAGACAGACAUUUGUUUAGUCUCUAACCUUGAGAUCUUU